AUGUAUACCAACACCAUGACCGCCAAGGAGAUUCAUGAGGCCUUGGAAAAGAAAUACAAAUUAGAAGAAGAAUGUAUAAAGAAAUUCCUUUAUAUAGAAUUUAAGUUUCAUGAUAAUAAACCCUUUCUCCCUCAAAUUCAUGAGUUGCAAUUUGUUGUGAAUAAAUUUUCUACACACGAUAUUGUAUUCACGAAACAAUUCCUUGUUGGUGCCAUUAUUGCCAAGUUACCUUCUUCUUGGAGAGGCUUUAGGAAGAAAAUACUCCAUAGGAAUAAGGAUAUUUCAUUGGAGGAAAUUCUCAAACACUUAAGAAUUGAGGAGGAAUAUUAUUCUAGAGAUAUAAAUGAGGAGUCUAAUGGAGAGACUUCCAAGGCCAAUGCGAUGGCUAACCCUCCUAGCAAGGGCAAAGGAAUUGGUAAGAACAAGGGCAAGGGUCAAACAUCGUUCAAGAGGAACCAAAACAAUGAGGCAAGAGUUAAUUCAACCCAAGAUGAGCUAGUGGCAACACUAAGUAAAGUUAAAGUCAUUCAUGGAAGAACUCUUUUAAAGACCUUUGAAUCUUUAGAAGAAGGGCAUGAAAUACAAAUGGGCAUAGAGAAAAGGUCCAAGGUUGAAGGAAUGGGAACCAUUGAUUUGUUCUUCAAAUCCUGCAAGAAAGUGCUACUCACCAAUUCUUUUUAUGUACCGGAAGUGAGUAGAAACCCUGUGAGUGACAAUUCGAAUGGAAAACCAUAA